CCUACGGAGCGAUCGAUUCUCUCCAGUUCCGCACUUCCGCAGCCAUGGCCGCCGCCACCUUCUCCGCCGCCGGCCGCCGGCUCCUCUCCACCGCCGCCGCGGCCGCUGAGAAAACCGAGCUUCCAGUACCUAUCGCCCAGCUUCGCCGGCUCGCCCGCGCGGGUCGCCUCGCCGAUAUCGACGCGGCCCUCGCGCCGCUGCUCCCCUCCCACACCGUCGCCGCGCUCUCCUCCCUCUCCUCCGUCGGCCUCCCGCACCGUGCCGAGGAGCUGUGGCGCGCUAUGGUGCAGGACCACGGAAUCGCCCCCGACGCCGCCGCCUACAACUCCCGGAUCACCUACAAGUCCGCCAACGGCACGGUGGACAAGGUCAGGGAGCUGUCAGGUCAAUAUGCAAAUUUAUUCAGGGCACAAACAUUUGCCUCAAGGAGUAUUCCAGUAAACUUUCAUCAGCUGAUCCGCAAUGCUGGAAUAUCGACUACAAGGAACUUGCUUGCAGAUGAUGCCAUGGUUCCUAUUUCUUCUCCUUUGACACCUCCACUGGGUGACGGUGAAGAAACUGACAAAAAGGGAGCUGUGGUUAAGCGACUAAAGGUCCAAGCCAUAAAAAAGGAUAUCAAACAGAGCCCAAAGAAGGUGAAUCUAGUAGCAAAGCUGGUCCGAGGUAUGCGUGUGGAAGAUGCCUUGUUGCAGCUGCAAGUGACAGUUAAAAGGGCUGCUAAAACUGUUUACCAGGUGAUCCAUUCUGCUCGCGCAAAUGCAGCCCACAACCACGGAUUGGAUCCUGAUAAGCUCAUUGUUGAGGAGGCCUUUGUGGGAAAGGGACUUUACCUGAAGAGGCUGUCUUACCAUGCCAAGGGGAGGUGUGGUGUCAUGGUGCGACCCAGGUGCAGAUUGACAGUGGUGGUUAGAGAAGCUACAGCCGAGGAAGAGGCAAAGAUUGCCAAACUCAGGGUGAGCAACUACAAGAAGCUAACCAGAAAGGAGCGGCAGCUUAUGCCACAUCGGCUCAUCGAGGUUAGCCCAAGGUGGGCCCGCAAGAGGAAAGAAGAGGCUGGUGCUACGGCGUAGUGAUAGUUUCUGUAAUGCAGUGUCUGCCUUCAUUCACCGUUUUGCACUUGGAAACAGCUAGAAUUUGCCAAAGAACAAUUAUGUCUCUUACAUGAGAUAUUUCAGGGUCUGGUUUGCUUGCUGAGCCAGCCUUGUUCUAUUUGUUUGUUUCAUCUGCAUGAAACCUGUCAAGACAUUGCCAUGUUACCUUGACUGUAGGACAGUGUGUUUUACCAACAGUUCUCUUAUACAAUCAAUAAUUUGCAUAUGUUGUUUUGUUUGA